AUGCUCAAAGACAUAGUCGAAAGACCCUCUAAACCACCUUCUGCCCCAUCUGCACCGACCCCCGGAGGAGCUGGGUUUCCCGUUGCCGUCCAUAGAUCUCAACGCCCUUCGGCUUUCGCAAAAGCAAGGCAGCAACAGGCCGCUCGACAAUCUGGCCAAACCUCCAGGGUUUUAGGAGGUGGCAAAGCAGUGGAUUUAGUGCCCUCGAUUGGUGUCUCGACUACCCCUCACAAUGAGGGUGUUUCGUCCCAGGGGAAAUUGUCAGAGAUGGAACAAGUGAGACAAAGUGUUGAAGUCGAGAAUGUCCGAAGAGUCGAGGGGAUGUCAUCUGCAGAAAGGGAAGAAGAGGUCGAAGAACUCAAAGAGAGAUUCGGUAGUGGGAUUGUGGAUCUCAUGAAGAAGAGGAAAGAGGCUAGGGAAGGUAGAUCUCCUCACGUUGUCGAAGAUAUACCGGCAUCGAACGAAAGUGGACCGUCGUCAAGACCUUUGGAUCUGACGGACUCUCACAAGAUACUGGACGAAGUGUCAGAGGAGAACAGGAGGAAAGUAGAGAGUAUGAACGAUCUAGAACGAGAUCAGGAAGUGGAAGAAUUGCAAGAUAGAUUCGGAGGGAAAUUGAUGGAUGCACUCAGGAAGAGGGCAGAAGCGAGGAUAGCGUCAAGAAAGGGCAAGGAGAGACAGGGGGAUGGACAACCUGCAGAUGCUGCACCGACCACUAGAUCCAGUGAUCGUAGUCCCACAUCGUCAACCACAGCCCCGUCCACACCCGCCAAACCCAGACCACAACCUCGCACCGACCCCGACGACCCCUCGCUAUCAGAACUUAAAGCAUAUUUCCCCUCCGUCCCCUCUGAAUCAUCCAAACUCGCUUGGCUCCAAACUCUUCCCCCUUCCACCAGCUCCUCAGCGAAUUCACCGCGAUUCGACCUAUCUGGAAACAUUCUCUCAGCAGCUGAACAAAGUGAACUUCCUUCUCAUCUCGGACUGCAUCAUCAUGGCUCGUCACCUGAUUUAGCAGGAUAUACCAUCCAUGAAAUCCUAUAUCUCUGUAGAUCGACUGUACCGAGUCAGAAAAUCACUAUGAUGGGUCUGUUGACCAAGGUAUUGCGAAAAUGUAAAGAGGGAAAAUACGAUGAUGGAGUUAUGAAAGAAGUUGAGGAGAAUGAAAGUAUGAAGAAAGCUAUUGAUCUUGGGGUGGAGAUACUUGCUGGAUUAUCUAGGGGUAUAGGUGUGAUUGAAUCUGGAGUGGAAUUACUGUACGAAGCGGUAAACGGAUCAAGCUGGACUUGGAUAGAUGACAACCGAGAUCAGGAUGGACCUGUACGUUUUACAGUAGAUGAGAAUAUCCUGUCGAUACCUUUCGAAGAUGUUUUACCUAGAUUGAAAGAGCUGCUAUCGAUCGAAGAUGGUUUAUCGACAAUAACGAUCUGGCAAAUUCUUCGAAUGCUCAGAAGAGCCACUUACACCUCGAAGGAUCUGUGCGAGGUCAUUUGUCCGAUCAUAUCGUCAAUUAUCAAAGUACAGGUGGUAGCUAAACCUUGGCCGCCUACGACCACCACCACCACUUCUUCUCUCAAUCGAUCAUACCCUUCCAUAGAAGCCCUCAGGUUGUUGAGAGACAUGAUCGUAUCGUCAAGAGAAUGUGCAGAGGAUCUAGUGGACCAAGGGAUAUUCGAGGGAAUUUUGAAAUUCGUAGUAACUGCUACGUGGGAUGAUGAACAGUCAAAUUCGGAAUAUACCUCUUAUUCACUUCAACUAGCUUUAGAGGUAUUGCAAAUCUUCACUUCACUUGGGAAAUAUGGAUUAGCCUCUAAUACAUUGACUUCUUCGUCGGAAUUAUGGACACUUCUAGGUAAAUGGGUUAAAAACACUGUUAAUAAACCAGACUUGAUCAAGGGAGAGAAACGAUUGUCAGAGGGACAUUUAAAGCUUUUGGAAAUAUGGAUAACAUGUGCUAUUGAUCCUCAUCGAACUACACCGGAACAUGAUCUCACUUGGGCCCAGGUAUCUGCUAUGAAUUAUCAGGAUGAAGCGUUAUCGAUUCUGCAGUCUUCGAAAGACUACGAUAUACUUGCGGCUGGUCUGGAACUUCUUGGCGCGUGGAUCAAAGGAGCUAAGAUUAAUGGUGUGCGAGGCGGAGAAGAGGAGAAGGGAUCUUUGUUGGAAGCUCUCAAGGAGACGCCGCUGGAGAGUCUUGUUUUGGAGAUAACGCAAAAGGAUGCCUGCGCAAGAUCGGAUGGAAGAUUACUUGCAGCUGCUGUGCAAGUCCAUCGACUACUCUUGUCAUCACGAGGACUGUUCUCAAUCGACACCAUCGAUGGACUGCAAGCGAAGAUGCCUACGUCGUCCCGUCAUUCAUCCAGAUAUUUCACUUACCUCCAAUAUGAACUUCUCUCACACACCGUCCCCACACUCAUCACGUCAGAAUGGCUAUCCCAUGCAUUCAACUUAUUUCGUCAAUUCCAGAUAGGUGAUGAACCACUGGCUUUAGACUUACUCGACAUAUUUCUCAAAUCGGAUUCAUCCAGUCUUCUUCCGGAGAUCAAAGAAAUAGGUCAUCCAGAUGGUACUCAAAUUCUUCGACCUUUACUUCAAUAUUCGAUCUUACCCUCCUCUGAAUCUGUCGUUGGGCCCCAUCAGCCUACCCAUCUAUACCUCAAGGCUACUACUACUCUCAGACCGCCGGCCCUGGUGGAGAGUGAAGAAAAACCUGCUCUACCCGGUUUACCAUUAAGGGGAGAUUGGUUCUUCUGCCCUCUUGAUGAAUUGCUCAGAUCAGGUACAAGCGAGGCAUUGCAGCAGAUCCCACCUGAUUGGAAUGCCACGGAAGUUCAAAUCACCCGAGCUACUUUGGUAUUGGCGAAAUUGUUCUACGUCAAUACUAAUGGAGUGAAAGGCUUAGGUUCGAAGGAUAGAGCAAGUUUGAUAUUGGGUCUCAUGAAAGUCCAUAUGCUGGAACAUGGACAGACUUCCUCGAAUGUCGUUGAUGAGGUAGAGGUGUUCAGAGAUAACGCAGUAUCGGGCUUGAUGAGGGAUUUGAUGGGUCUGUUGACGACCAAGACUGUCACCAAGAAUGAAGACGAAGAUCAAGACAUAGAGGAAGUCGGAGAUGGAGAUGUAAAUGCACAAGGGCAAGGAGAAUUGGAAAUCAUCUCAAUACCAUUUUUGGGAACAGGUGUACCAUUCUAUCAAUUUUAUCAAGAUUUCCUUCAGCUCUACGAAUCAAUAUCGUUCUCCGAUCCAUUAUUCACUCAACUACUACUUCCUGUGUUAUCGAUGGAUUAUUCGAGGGAUUAUAGGAAAUUGAUCUGGGUAGAUCAUCAUUCCUUACUGAAGAAUAUCCGAACCACUCUCAGUCAAGUACCGAUCAUAGGUAGGAUGAAGGAUUAUUAUCAACCUUUAGAGACAGAUCAAGAGAUAUUAACUUCCUACGCUAGAGCGGUUGUUUCGGGUAUGAUCAACAGGGAGAAGAAUGAGUUUAUAUGGAGUAUAGCGAUAAAUCACUUAUCGGGGUUGUUCUGGUUGACUCAUGAUGAAGAGAUGAAAGAGGUAAGAGUAGGAUUGAUGAUGAUGGUUUUGAGUAAAGGAUCGGAUGAUCUGGUCAGAAGUGUGUUGAAGUGGGAUUUUGAUAUGUUGAAAUUGGGUAUGAGUGGUGAUCUGAGUGAAGAAGAGAAAGCGAAGAGGAAUGAUAUUGCUGGCAAGUUGGCAGGUGCAAGGGGAUCAAAGAGGAUUGAAGGAAUGAUAUAA